UUCACCAAGCAUAGGAUGAUUGUUGGUGGGCGGAGCUGGGAGGGUUGUCAGCGAGAUGGGACACACCUGGGCUCAGAAUGUUGGUGGGUGGAGCUGGGAGGGUCAUCUGCGAGAUGGGACACACCUUGGCUCAGGGAGGCUGAGGGCUUCAAAGAUCAAGGAAAUGCUUUCUACGUCAAGAAGAAUUAUUCUGAGGCAUUUAACUACUACACAAAGGCCAUUGAUGCAUGUCCUAAAAACGCCAGUUACUAUGGAAACCGGGCGGCCACCCUCAUGAUGCUGUGCCGCUUCCGAGAGGCCCUGGUGGACUCCCAGCGGGCCGUGCGGCUGGACGACUGUUUCAUGAAGGGCCAUCUGCGAGAGGGCAAGUGUCACCUGUCUCUUGGCAAUACCAUGGCAGCCAGCCGCUGCUUUCAGAAGGUCCUGGAACUGGAGCCCAGCAACAGCCAGGCACAGCAGGAGCACAAAAAUGCCACAGCAGUACUGGAGUACGAACGAAUGGCAGAACUUGACUUCGAAAAGAAGGAUUUCAGAAAGGUGGUGUAUUCGAUGGACAAGGCCCUGGGAUUGGCGUCCACCUGCCAUCGCUUCAAAAUCCUCAAGGCUGAGUGUUUGGCACUACUGGGUCGCUACCUAGAAGCCCAGUCUGUGGCCAGCGAUAUAUUGAGGAUGGACUCGACUAACGGAGACGCUCUGUACGUGCGAGGCCUGUGUCUGUACUACGAGGACUGCAUCGACAAAGCUGUGAAGUUCUUCGUGCAAGCACUGCGCAUGGCCCCAGACCACGAGAAGUCUCGGCUAGCUUGCAGAAAUGCCAAAGCUUUGAAAGCCAAGAAGGAGGAGGGAAACAAAUUGUUCAAGGACAGCAACUUUGAGGCAGCCUACCGGCUCUACUCGGAGGCCCUGGCGAUAGACCCCAACAACAUCAAAACCAACGCCAAGCUCUACUGCAACAGAGGCACCGUCGGGGCUAAGCUGAAUAAACCUGAUCAAGCAAUCGAAGAUUGCACAAGUGCAAUAAAGUUGGACGACACGUAUAUCAAGGCCUAUUUGAGACGAGCCCAGUGUUAUAUGGACAUCGAACAGUAUGAAGAAGCUGUACGGGACUAUGAAAAGGUCUACCAGACGGAGAAGACAAAAGAACACAAGCAUCUCUUGAAGACGGCUCAGUUGGAACUGAAGAAGAGCAAGCGGAAAGAUUACUACAAGGUUCUGGGGGUGGGAAAGAAUGCCACAGAAGAUGAGAUUAAGAAGGCCUAUCGGAAACGGGCCCUCAUGCACCACCCAGACCGUCACAGUGCGGCCACGCCAGAGGUACAGAAGGAGGAGGAGAAGAAAUUUAAAGAAAUGGGCGAGGCCUUCACUGUGCUCUCUGACCCCAAGAAGAAGACUCGCUAUGACUGCGGCCAUGACCUGGAGGAGGACAGCAAUAAUAUGGGGGAUUUCAAUGCCAACAACAUCUUCAAGACUUUCUUUGGAGGCCCAGCAGGAGGAUUCAGUUUUGAAUCCAAUCAAAACCAAGCACCUGGAAAUGUGUUUUUCCAGUUUGGCUAGAAAUGAAGAAUGCCAUUGGGAAUGCUGUAGCCCUGGGGUGGACAAUAUUAAGUUGGAUGCACCCUCACAACCUGAUUUUUAUGCUCCCAAUGUUUUUUGCAAAAUGUUGCUUUCACAUGCUAAAAAGACACUCGGUGUUGUUAUCUGAGCGAGAGAGAUGGGGCUCAUCAUGCUUGGCAUCUUCCUAAAAUAUUUUUGGCUGUUGCCACCACAGUUGACAAUAUCCUCUUCAAAUUCAAACUGACAGGGCGACUUUUGGUAGGUUUAGUAACUAAGAACGUAACAAAUUAAAUAGUUUAAAGGUUAUUUGAGAAGGGGGUUUUGGAAAAACUUGAAUCCUCAGGAAAUUGGCUUGAUUCUCUUUUGUGAGUAUUUGUCGCAAAGCAUGUUUUGAAGGCGUGAAAUAGGAGUCCUGUUGCCAAAAUAUACAUUUCAUUGCUUGAAUGGAAAAUGUUUCCUGUACCUGGAGCAAGUAGAGCUUUGUAAAUGAACACAUGGGAGUGCAACUCUGUUAGUUUUAGUAGGUCGCAUUAGUUUUUCAUUCACACCACAUAGAGGUCGCCCCGAAACACAAAGUUGGCAUGGGAAUCAUUUGGCGGUAAAGCAGAAACUGACCUUAGGGCAGAGCCUAGGAACUACUUCAGUCCCAUGUAGAAUGAGACAUGGUUUUCAUUUGUUGGAUUUUCCUGCAGACUCAAACUACAGUUUCAUGUUAGUCUCCAUUUUACUCAUUAAUGUAUUGUGCAUUUUACUGGCAUGUUUUAAGUCUAUUGUGCUCCUAAUUUGAUUUGAGAUUUUGUUCAGUUCUCUUAAAUGUAUUUAUUUAUUGUAUAUUCAAACUGUAUCCAUCUCUUGAUUUCUAAUGUUUUCUAUUAAAUAGGAUGUAAAAAAACAACAUAUCCUUGACCCACGUCCUCCUUGGGACUUAAAACGAGUCUUCUGUUAUUUCUGGGUCCAAAAUCAAUGUAUGUAAAGUUUUGACCUUAAUAGAUCAAAUUUUCUCCAUGUGGUUUUCUAGCAUUGCUUUGCCCCCAUAAUACGAUACAUCCGGUUUCAACUCCCAACUAACAUUUGAAACUUCAGCAGCCAGUUUCUAACUCUGGUCCAGGCUAAGUACAUGUUCCUCUACAAACUAGUAGAGGUGUAGUGGAUGGCCCAGAGCUAGUCAGUCCCUCACAAGUGUUGCCUUAGAUGUUGGCUUGCGUGCAAAUGUUCAUUUUGUCCAUCUUUUUAUUGAACCUUUUAUUUAACUAGGCAAGUCAGUUAAGAACAAAUUCUUGUUCAGGGGCAGAAUGACAGAUUUGAACCUUGUCAGCUCUGGGAUUUGAUCUAGCAACCCUUCGAUUACUGGCCCGAAGCUCUAACCACUAGGCUACCUGCCGCCCCGGUCUACACCAGACAUGAUCAGGACACGCAGGUUGAAAUAUCAAAAUGAACUCUGAACUAACUAUAUUAAUUUGGGGAGAGGUCCUAGCUAGCUAGCUCAUUUGUCCUGGGAUAUAAACAUUAGGUCCUUUUUUUUCUGGAUCUUUGUAGAAUUAUGGCCCAUUUUAACACAAGUUUGUUCUCUUCUCUCAAUCCACAUUUAGAGAACCUAGGUGGUUUCUAGUAAUCUCUCCUCCUUCAGUUUUUUUCUUAUGUGGACUUUAUAUGGCAGUUGGCAACCAACUUUAAGAUGCAUUACCACCACCAACUGGACUGGAGUGGGAACCUCAGUUCAUCCUUCAAUCACCCAUGUGGGUGUAUUCUCCUGAAAACUAAUGAGGAGAUUAGAGAGGUGGGACUUGCAGCGCGUCACGAGUGAAACAUAGAACCAUCUUCUAUUUUAGCGCCUGACUACUCAGAUGCUCGUUGACACGCACAAGCUGUUUGGAUGAAAUUAUUGAAUAACAUGUAUGUGUGUACAUAUAUGUUGCACUAAAUGUUAGGCGAACCCUACAGACUGACAUUGCUUUAACACAAAGGUUGAGAAACUCUUGGGUGCUAGGCAAAGUCACAUUUUAAUUGCCAUUUUACUUUGAAGAUGUUUAAAUUUAAAAAGAAAAGUGGUUUCGCAGCCUUGUACGAUACAAGACGAGAAUUGACUUGCUGGAAUUGGUUUUGCGUUCGGUUCCAGAAAAACAACAUUCUCAGUUUGGCCAGUCUUGGCAAUGGGAUCUUGAAAGAAGAUACUUGACAAAAAACGGAUCCCUUUUUUUGCACCUAGAAUCAGCUCUCAUUGAGAGGCUUUUAUUCUGCUUUUGGGGAUUGUCAUCAUGCCUUGUAUCUGUCAUGAACGUUUGGUCAGUAUGUCCCCUCAAUCUGUGAAGCAGCCAGGUGGUAGGUUGAAAACGUGAACAGAAACACUGUACAUUUUCAUGAUCCUAGUACCUGUGUACCAUUUUAUUUUUAAAGAAUAUGCCUCUACAAUGUUUUGGUUGAAGGAAAUAAAGAUUAAUCUUUUCCCAUUA